AUGUCUGGCCAACGCGGAAGCAUUCGCCACAGAAGUUCCAGCUUCUUCGACCUUGAAGAAGUAAAACUUCAUGUGCUUGAGAAACAUGCCUCUCCGAGUUUAAAAGGGAAGUUCGCCGUGACCCACGAAGAGAUUCCUGUUCAUAGCCGUUCGUCGUUAUCUGAAGAGGUUGGCGCGGUGAAGAAAAGGACGGGAAAAUCGUUUCAAAAUACUUUCCGGGUAGACCCGCCAAGUCUCUUUAAUCCUUCGAAAGUCAAGCAGAUUCUGGAAAAAGAGUUAAAGUUUCUCGAAAACAUUGAUUACGAGCCUGAGCAGGCAAGACUUACAGCUAUCGACCUCGCAAAUACUAUAAAAUCGCAAGUGAAGUUGCUUUUUCCGCGAUACAAAAGUGUUGUACAAGUCACAAUUGGUGGAAAAGGCAGUCAAGGAAUAAAGGUAGUAAGCAAAUUUUUCUGGGACCAAGAGCGAGAUAAUUACGCAUCACACACAGUUACGAGCUCUAGUAUUUUCGCCGUCGCUACUGUUUACGGCCUGUAUUACGACUAA